CAUCAGACAUUGGUUCAUGGACGAAAGAAGAAGAAAAGACUAUAAAGUCCCAACGGAUCGCCCACUUUCCUAAGUCUCGUUUUCAAUUACAAUUCUUACAGGAAGAUUGUUCAAUCAUGGUGAAGAUAUUCUUGGCUGGGGCUACCGGUUAUAUCGGUGGAGAUGCACUCUACACCAUCGUCGAGGCUCAUCCUGAAUACGAUAUCACCUGUCUGGUACGCAACGCCGAAAAGGCUGCCUUGCUCACCAGCCAGUACCCUUCCUUGUCUACAGUCAUAGGGGAUCUCGACGACUCGGACCUUCUCGCAGAACAGGUCGCCAAAGCCGACAUCAUAUGCCACCUCGCCAGCUGCGAGCACCUCAGCGCCGUGCAAGCCAUCUCCAAACGCCUGUCACGCCCCGACAUCUCCCAAGCCACCAAAUCAAUCAUCCACCUCUCCGGCUCCGACAUCCUCUGCCUCCCCGACCUCACCAACCAAACCUACGGAACCCACAGCGACAAAUUCCACAACGACAUCCACUCCAUCCACUCCAUCCUCUCCCUCCCCUCCGACGCCCCGCACCAGGCCGUCGACGCCACCAUAACACACAUCAGCUCCGCAAACCCACACAUCAAAACCGCAAUCGUCUGCCCGCCCACCAUCUACGGCCCCGGCCGCGGGCCCGGCAACACACGCAGCAUCCAGGUCCCCGAACUCGCGUCCCACAUCCUGAAGCGCGGAUCCGGGUUCUCGGUCGAACGCGGCGAGAACCGCUGGUCGACGGUGCACGUGCACGACGUGUCGGCGCUGUUCCUCGCGCUCGUCGAGGACGCAGCGGGUGGUGCGUUCCGCGGCACGUGGGGAGUUGAGGGGUUCUACUUCGCGGCGUCUGGGGUUGCGGCGUGGGGUGAUGUCGCGGGGAUGGUCGUGCGGGAGGCGGUGAAUCAGGGGUUCUUGCGGGGUGGUACUGGGGAGGUGGAGAAGUUGGGGUGGGAGGAGGCGGAUGGGGUGUGGGAGUUUGCGUCGUUGUUUUGGGGGACGAAUUCGCUGUGUGUGGCUGAGAGGGCGAGGGAGGUGCUCGGGUGGGUUCCUAGGGGACAGAGUUUGGUGGAGGAGAUUGAGGGGGUUGUGAGGGGGGAGGCGGGGAGACUUGGGAUGCAGGCUGUGGGGUAG